AUGUCUGGCCAGGUGCAGACCAAGCGGCGGCCCCGGCUGGACCUGCGAGAGAUCCCCGCCAGGUUCUCCAAGUUCCUCGCCAAGCAGCCCGUCGGUGUGGAAAUUGCCUUUGGCACGGCCGUGGGCGUCCUCCAGGGCGGAGCGCUGGGCUAUGUACUGGGACAGUUGACGAAAUCGUCGGCGCAGCAGAUGGCUGGCAGUGCCGGCAACGCAGGGAUGGCUCAGAUGAUGGUUCAGAUGCAAGGGGGCAGCGUUUGGGGCCAGACCAGGAGCCUGGCGGCGUUGUGCGGCGCAAGCGGGGGCCUGAGCAUUGCGUUGAAGAAAUGGCGGAAAAAAGACGACAUUUGGAACCAGAUGGGGUCUGCUGCUGGUGGAGGAGCAGCAUUCACGAUCGCCAGUGGCAACACAGGCGUGGGUGCCAUCGUCAACACAUCGUUGAUGCUUGGAUUGUUCACUGGUGCUUUCUACAAGUUUGGAGAAAUGUUCAAAUCAGACCUCCAAGAGUCUGAUUUCGAGAGGGGUCGAUACAUGCUGACUACACUGGGGCUAUCUAAAUACUCAAAAAAUCUGAAGAGAGGGCGACUGACGGACAACACGAUCAUGCUUUGGAAUGAUACGGCACUCCAGGAGGUUCGCAUCCCCCCAGGGCCCCGAUUGCUCAUCCUCCAUCAUCUCAGCCAGUUCAAGGCUGAAGCUGGCAAGCCAAGUAGACAAACAACUGACUAUCCUGGAGUCGCCAUGCCAUCUGCAAAGCAUUGA